AACGUUCGUAAUUCCAAACGUGCGUCUGAUGCGUAUACACAACAACGAUGGAAAAAUGGAAGAACGUACAUACAGUUAAUUGUGCGAACGGUUGCACCGGAGUUUCCGUUCUCGUGAGACCGGAAAAAUUACGAAAUGGAAGAGGUACAACGAUAUCACAUUCGGCACAGUUUGCCGCGAGAUAUCGAGAUAAUAUCAAAAGUUGAGGUCUUGAAGCAUCAAAAGGAAAUUCUUGAAAAGUGGAAGCCAUGGACCGAUGUGUACAUAACCUUACUUUCUAUCAGGCUACCAAGUUUCUCGUUGGCGAACGUUUAUACGAAUGGAGCCUGGAAUACGGACGCAAUAUUUUAGCUGGAGUAGCGGCAUUCACUGGCCUCUACAUUAACCGUAAAUUCAGAGCAAAAAUAAAACUGCGCGAUUUCGGGCACUUACCAACAGCACUGGGUCUCUUCAUGACUCCAACUGCAACAGUCUACUUAUUGCAAACCGAGUUUGUCCUGCACAAAUUAUUGGCAUACGAGGUUUCUUGUCCCGUGUGUCUGGAAUCCAAGUCCGCCGCGAUGCAAAUCUUUGGCGGAAUGUUCUUGGCUUUACUAGGAGCGCCGCUUGCCAAUUUCUCAAUUGCUGCUGGCAGUGGAAGGUUCAGUGUACCACUUCGAAAUGAUUUUAGAGGAAUGCUUAAAAUCACUCGAUCAGCCUACCAGCCAUUACUUCCCAAACUUGCGAUACUGUUCACCGUUAACGCAUUGCUAGCCGGUUUUAUAACACACUCGCAAGUAGAAUCUUUUAUUUACAUAGAACAGAUGCAGCAUCUUAUGGAGCAAGAUAAAACGGAAAGGCUUAAAAUACAGGAUGGUUUUUAAAUUUGAUGUAUAUAAUUGUGAUUGUGUAAUAAAAUAUAGUGUAAAGGAAA